ACCCAGAGGACACGCCGGAGGGGGGAGGGUGGGUGGUCGGACGAAGGUUGGAGGUCCGGCGGCACAUGUUCCCGAAGUGUCGCGCCGUCGUCACCGGUCAUCUCCCGGCAGGAGCAGCCUCCCCGAGCGGGAUCCACGCCGGACGGCUCCACACUUCCACUCCCCGCCAGAGGAGAGCACGCCUCGCAAGAUGUAACGCCGACGGUUGGAGGAGCUCUCAUUCCUUCCCAUGCACUUUGCAACGGCGCUCCGGCCGCCGGUUCCCCCUUUUGGGCUUUCCGUUUUCAUUUUUGCAUUUGCCAGCAGACGCGAUGGCAGUUCCGUCCACAUCCGGGCCACAAUGCCGUGACUCCAUUAUUGUCUAAAAGUGGCGGAGAGGCUGAUAAACCUGCUUAUUUUUCCGCCCGAAGCGCCGUGAAGGCCGGGACAAAGAGGUGAUGUCGAACCAAGGAGUUCGGCGGAACGGGCCGGUGAAGCUGCGACUAACAGUUUUGUGUGCCAAAAACCUGGUCAAGAAGGACUUCUUCCGUCUCCCGGAUCCUUUUGCCAAGGUGGUUGUGGAUGGUUCGGGCCAAUGCCAUUCCACAGACACUGUGAGGAACACGCUCGAUCCCAAGUGGAAUCAACACUACGACCUUUACAUCGGGAAGUCAGAUUCCAUCACCAUCAGCGUGUGGAACCACAAGAAGAUUCACAAGAAACAAGGGGCUGGCUUCCUGGGAUGUGUUCGCCUUUUAUCCAACGCCAUCAACCGCCUUAAAGACACAGGCUACCAGAGGCUGGACUUGAACAAGCUGAGUCCAAAUGACAGCGACACCGUCAGAGGCCAGAUAGUGGUGAGCCUGCAGUCCAGGGACCGGAUCGGCACGGGAGGCCCCGUCGUAGACUGCAGUCGACUCUUCGACAAUGAUCUUCCAGAUGGCUGGGAGGAGAGAAGGACUGCGUCCGGACGAAUCCAAUACUUGAACCACAUCACACGCACCACGCAGUGGGAGAGGCCGACCAGACCCGCAUCCGAGUAUUCGAGCCCCGGGCGGCCACUCAGCUGCAUCGUGGAUGAGAACACCCCCAUUAGCACCAACGGUGCCACGCCCACCGCAGCGUUGCCGCCCAGUGACGGUGACCAGCGGGCCCAGGAGAGGCGUGUUCGAUCCCAGCGGCACCGCAACUACAUGAGCAGAACGCACCUGCACACACCCCCGGACCUCCCUGAGGGCUACGAACAGAGGACCACGCAGCAAGGCCAGGUCUACUUCCUCCACACGCAGACAGGCGUCAGCACAUGGCACGACCCCAGGGUACCCAGGGAUCUGAGUAACGUCAACUGUGAGGAAUUGGGUCCUCUGCCUCCCGGAUGGGAGAUACGCAACACCGCCACGGGACGGGUUUACUUCGUCGACCACAACAAUCGAACCACGCAGUUCACCGACCCGCGCCUCUCUGCCAACUUGCAUCGGGUCCUUAAUCCGAGCUCCAAUGGCUCUCGAGGAGGCAUAGAAAGUCAGAAUGUGAGUCGCCAGAACCAGCUGAAGGAGCAGGUCCAGCAGGCUCUGGUGUCCACGGGUCAGCUCCCGGACGAGGCGGAGUGUCUGACCGUGCCCAAGUACAAGAGAGACCUGGUCCAGAAGCUGAAGAUCCUCCGACAGGAGCUGUCCCAGCAGCAGCCGCAGGCCGGGCAUUGUCGCAUCGAGGUGUCCCGUGAGGAGAUAUUUGAGGAGUCUUAUCGACAGGUCAUGAAAAUGAGGCCAAAGGACUUGUGGAAAAGGCUCAUGGUGAAGUUUCGGGGAGAAGAAGGUCUGGAUUACGGAGGGGUUGCUCGGGAGUGGCUCUAUCUUCUAUCACAUGAGAUGCUCAACCCGUACUACGGUCUGUUCCAAUACUCCCGUGAUGACAUCUACACGCUGCAGAUUAACCCCGACUCGGCUGUAAACCCUGAGCACUUGUCAUACUUCCACUUUGUGGGCCGCAUCAUGGGCAUGGCGGUGUUCCACGGUCACUACAUAGACGGAGGCUUCACCUUACCCUUCUACAAACAGCUGCUGGGUAAACCCAUAACCCUGGACGACAUGGAGUCCGUAGACCCGGACCUGCACAACAGCCUGGUGUGGAUCCUGGACAACGACAUCACAGGCGUGUUGGACCACACCUUCUGUGUGGAACACAACGCCUACGGGGAGAUCAUCCAGCAUGAGCUCAAGCCCAACGGAAAGAGCAUCCCCGUCACGCAGGACACCAAGAAGGAAUACGUCCGCCUGUACGUCAACUGGCGCUUCCUGCGAGGCAUCGAGGCCCAGUUCCUGGCCCUGCAGAAGGGCUUCAACGAAGUCAUCCCCCAACACCUCCUGAAGGCCUUCGACGAGAAGGAGCUGGAGCUGAUCGUAUGCGGCCUGGGGAAAAUCGACAUCAAUGACUGGAAGUCCAACACGCGGCUCAAGCACUGCACUCCGGACAGUAACAUUGUCAAGUGGUUCUGGAAAGCCGUGGAGUCCUUCGACGAGGAGCGAAGAGCUCGUCUGCUGCAGUUCGUCACGGGCUCCUCCAGGGUUCCCCUGCAAGGCUUCAAGGCCCUCCAAGGAGCUGCUGGCCCACGACUGUUUACCAUCCACCAGAUCGAUGCCAACGCCAACAACCUCCCCAAAGCCCACACCUGUUUCAAUCGGAUCGACAUUCCUCCCUAUGAAAGCUACGACAAACUGUACGACAAGCUGCUCACCGCCAUUGAGGAGACGUGCGGCUUCGCUGUGGAGUGACUCUAACGGAGGCGCGUCAUCAACGUCAUCCACCACCAGCAGAGGAAACGUGCUUUGGCCCCCCGAGCAGCCGCCCGCCGCCCAACCCGAGGGGUGGUCCACAUUGGCUCCCCCAGGGAGACGCGGGGCAGAGAUGACCAAAAUUUAUUAUCUGAUGCUGUUUUUUUUUCCUUCACACACAUCAGACACUCGUUGGUCUCUUUUAUUGUUGAACAAAACAACUGCAGCUGCUAAUAACUAGCUACUAACUUUUGGAACCUGCAGGAUUCGCCGACUCUUCCUUUUUUCCUAACGUCAUUCAAGCUUCUUUUUUGAAAUCCAUGUAGCAAGGCUCCAUCUUUCCACACGGAUCCCACCCACCCAAGACUGAUGUGUCUGCUGGAGUACAGGGUAAUGGAUGGUUACCACAACCACUCGGAAACACCAACUUCUCAUACAGAGUGUGCCUUGGACUGAUCACAAGGGGGCUGGCGGGAAGGCCAAGGCUGGGAGGUUAGGGGUACUCUAUGUGCAGACUGAGACCCCCCCCCCCGCCUGCGCCAAAGACGGCAGCAUAGACCCCCACGAGUCGCCGCACAACCGCACAACCGCACGCCACGUACCCACAAACCCAUUUUACACGCUCAACUUGUUUCUUUGACAAUGAAUGAAGAGCUUGAAAUGUGUUAUUUUUCUAUAAUAGGGAAAAUGGAAGAGAGUGAGUAAAGUUCUAUCUAAUAUAUCUAAUUUAUUGCCGGUAUAUACAAAUAUUUGUAUAUCACAACCCCCCCUUGCCAUCCUUCCAUGCAAUGUUGUUGCUGUUAAAAGGAACUCAAAUAAGCUGAACGUCAACAAUCUGUUGGUGUAUUCUGGAACCUCUAACCUUUGACCUUUUAGGGAGAGGCGUAUGUCUUAAAAGCUGACCAAUCGUCAGCUCGGUAAAAAACUCAGCAGCCCCUUUAAAAACAUGCUGAUAUCACUCUGCAGCUACUUCAAGCAAAGUUAUGUUUUAUGCUUUUUACCCUCGACAAAUAUGAAUUCUAAGGUUUUUCUUUUAACCCCCCCGCCCUCCAGCCCAGAGUCCAGAGUGAUCAGUGAUUUACUACCUUGAGUCCAUGUGGUGCUAAACACCAUGGUUUGUUUUUCAUGGGAACCACGCAUGCUUUGAUUGAUUUCUACGUACCACCCAUGUCUGUGGCCCAAAAAAAGACAAAACUUUUGCAAGAAUAAGAUCUCUUCCUCGCCACAUUCUCAGGGGAUAUCAUACAAAGCUUCUUUUUUUGUCCACAAGCCAAUUGUGAACAUUUUACUUUCAAAAUAUCUGCUUCUCCAUUGGAUGCUUGUAUGUCUCAACAUCAACACCUGCUUGGAAAUGAGCUGAUUGAGACAAUUGUCUUCAUAUUUUAUUUGUCAUACACUUCUUACUACCAUUGAAUAUGAAUAUAUCGAAUGUUUAAAAAAAAUGCUGCCUGUCGAGCAAUCUCUAUGACCGCGGACUGUUCUUAACGUUUGCAUACACAGAAGACAACUUGAGGUAAAAUGACAAGUGUCCUCACAUGGUGCUUUGUACAGUGACCAGAUAUUGUUCAUAAACUGUAUGUGGAUCAAACAAGCCCUAAUUUAUCUUUAACUUAAUUACAAACUGAUUGACUUGCACAAACGGCGAGUAUGAAACGGGACCUCUGCUGCGUAUUCAUCCACUUAGAAGUCCAGUGCACAAGCGGAUAGAUCAACCUUGCCGUCUGUUCCCACACUUUCUGCUCGGCAUCGCCCCACUGAUGCCCCACUGAUGCCCCAUUGAUGCCCCUACUGCAGAGCUGAACUUUUUAGGAGGAACCCAGUGAAGGAGAAGAAAUGCAACUCUUGCCUUUUAUGUUUUUUAUAGCAUGAUCCACUAGGACUAUUAUUAUCUCUCAUAGCUGACUGAUGCAAUUUCAUGUAUGUUAACACUACCAUUUUGUAAGAGUAUUUUAUUUUUGUGUGUAAUUAGUUCUAAUUAAACUUGCCUUUGUCUAACAAUGUAAGGCCUUGUACAUGA